AUGGCUAUAUCAGUUUGGAAAUGGAUCCUUUGGUUGAAAAGAAAGAACAAGCUGUUGUUACACUUGGCCCACAAGUUUGCGAAGGUGAGAAUGUCUUCUGUGUUUCGCACAUCUUCGCUUCUUUCAACGACACUUGUGCAUGUCGCUGGUCUUUCUGGACGCGAAACUAUUGUGAAAAAUACUGGUGGAAUGCAUGUAAAAGCUGACAAGGAUGAGGCGAGUUUAUACACAGCGAUGCUUGCUGCUCAGGACGUUACUGAACGUUGCAAACAGGUUGGGAUUACUGCUCUUCAUGUUAAACUUUGCGCAAUGGGUCCGGGCUCUGGAGCUCAGGCGGCGCUUUGUGCUCUUCCUCGUUCUGAAGUGAAGAUUGGACGUAUUGAGGAUGUUACACCAAUACCAACGGAUACUACACGUCGUAAGGGAGGUCGUCGUGGACGUCGUUUAUAAGAAGCAGAAUUCAAUUGAUGAACAAUUGUUGGAAGCAGCACAAUCUUUUGCUUGUGAAUAUAAUGAUUUACCUCAAUGAAUUGCUGAAUGAAAAUUUUUGUUGAAGAUCUUUGUUUUGUAUAUUU